GCUGACGAUCGUCAAAGACGAUGCCGAAAUCGUUUCGAUCGCAGUUUUCUUAUUUUAAAUCGUUCCCCUCAACACUGAAUAUGUCCCGAUCGAUUGCACACCGAACGAAUAAAUCAAGAAUCAACACUUUCGAUUGAAAAACAAUUUAAUCGAAUGAUUUUAUUCCAAAAUUCGGCUGUGAUAGUAUUGAGUGUUAAAGUUUAAAAGAAAAUAUGGUCUUUUGCUUUGCAUUGGUUGGUGUUUGUGCCCUCAUCCUCAUUCUUUAUGGAUUAUUCGAACUACAUUAUUUCUUAAGGAUUUGUUUAAGUGUAAUUUUAGCCAGGUUUAAAACGAAAAUUCACGUUUUGGAUGAAGCAACAGUUAGAGGAAUUUGUGUUACUUCCGACAUCGAUACAUUGUUAUUUCACAUGAACAAUGCGAGAUAUAUGCGAGAGUUGGAUUUUGCACGUGUUGAUUUUUACGAACGGACCGGUUUGUAUAGGUGUAUUAAAAGCAAAGGAGGUGGAUUGGUUAUGGGGGCCACAACAAUAAGAUAUAGAAGAUUCGUAAAGUUGUUUCAUAAAUACAUUUUGACGUCAAAGGUUACUUAUUGGGACGAUCAAAAUAUUUAUAUGGAACACAGAUUUAUUUCACCUGGGGAUCGUUUUAUUAAUGCGAUUGUCAUGACUAAAACGCGAUUGAUUAAUUGUAACGCAGAAGAAAUUAUGCAAGAAAUGAUUCUUUCGAAAAAUGACCCAGAAUAUCGAGGGAAAACUCGGCCGGAGAUUCCACCCGAUUUAGAAAAAUGGAUGGAGAGUAACACAAUUUCUAGUCAAGCUUUAAGAGGAGUCGUUUAAAAAAGAAUUGAUAUUUCAGCACUUUUUUUCUCUGUGAUGCACCCGUUACCGUGUAUAAAUAAAGUUUAGAUAAAGAUUAUGUUAAAAUAUGAAAGAAUCAGUAUUGAUGGAUACGAAGAGUUUAUAUUAUUUUUUGUUAUUAGAAAAUAUUCCUAGA